CCCUAAUACUUCGAUUAAAACAAAUACAAUGUUUUUGGAUUGAGGAAAAUCCAUUUGAAAUUAAUAAUUACUGUCUAAUACGGAGUAUUAUGCUGUAGUAGCAUAAUUUUUGCUCCCAUAAAAUGCCGCCCACUGAAAAUCCCACCAUGAAUUCUCAUUCUAACUCCAAAUCUGAAGCUGAGUAUGAAGAAAUUGUUCAAGACCCAGAUGUUUUCUCGCAAAAGCUUCAGGACUUUCACGUUCUCUAUGGCUCCAAAUUUAGGAUCCCCACUCUGGGAGGAAAUCCUUUAGACCUACAUCGGCUUUUUGUGGAGGUGACCUCUCGAGGUGGCAUUGAAAAGGUUAUUAGAGAUCGUAGAUGGAAGGAAGUUACUGGGGCCUUCGAUUUCCCUUCUUCCAUAACAAGUGCAUCAUUUGUUUUGCGGAAAUACUAUCUGUCAUUGCUUUAUCACUUCGAACAGGUCUAUUAUUUUCGGAAAGAAGAACCGUCUAUCUCAGUAUCUGAUCAGGCAGGCAGGAUUCUCAAUGGAUCAACAUCGCCACACGCUUCUCAUGAUGGUGCUACAUCAUAUCAACGUUCAGUGAGCCCUAACCUGGAGGAUGGCAGCUUAGUCACUGGGACAAUUGAUGCAAAAUUUGAUUUUGGAUACUUAAUUACUGUGUACUCGGACUCUGGGAAUUUGCAAGGUGUUCUAUAUCAUAAUCCUGUGGCACCAAAUGUAUUCCAGAGUCAUACUUCUUCUGCCGACCCUGCUCAAAGUAUCCGGAAAAGGCAGCAUCUGGCAUUUAAGGACCCAGCUCAUCCCAAGCCAAAUAGAAGUGGUUAUAAUUUUUUUUUUGCCGAGCAUUAUGGUAGGCUGAAACCUUUGUACCAUGGGCAAGAAAGAGAUAUCAGCAAAAAAAUUGGGGAGUUGUGGAAUGGACUCACAGAGGCUGAAAAACAGCAAAAGGGGCUGUUGAUGCUGCAUUUAAUGCUUAGUGCUCCCAUGCCAGCUAUUAAUUUCUGUCUCACCCUUCAUCUUUUCCAUUUGUUGAGUGCAAGGGGCUGUGGAUGCAUCGUUUAUCAAGAAAAAGGGUUGAGAGAUAAGGAAAGAUACAAAGCUGAGAUGUUGGAGUACAAAUCAUCUGGUCACCAUUUUCAAGCUCAAUAGGUUUCACCCUGAAAGCAAUACGCUAGCUGGCAUUUGCUUCGCAUCAAAAUAUGGUGUCCAUCUUUAAUUUUAGUCUUUGUUUUGGUUGUCUUUUUGUUCUCUUUAUCUAUAGAAAAAGAUGAUUGCAGAAUGCUGCCCUUUAACUUUUCCUCUUGAUGAGGGAAAAAGAUCCCCAGGGGCAUGUGACGCAGCAAGGAGGGGAUGAUUUUUGUGUGAAGUGUCUUGAAACUGUUUUUUUUUUUAGCGUUUGCAUAUGCUGCAUUUUAAACUUUCAUUUGCCGUAUGCAUGUGUUUAAUGUAGAUUCACUUCAUUGUCUUCUCGUCGAAGCUUUGCCCACAUAUUGUUGGGCUUUCAGGAGGUCAAUUAGUUUUCAGGUUAUCGUUUCUGGUAUUCAUUGUGUGUAAGUUGUGUAACAUGCGUGUUCGUAAAUCAGUUUACAGUGCCCAGAUAUUGGCAUAGAUGGUUUA